AUGGGCGUAGCAGCCGCUCUUGAUGCCAAAUUCAGCCGCGUGUAUGAACACAGGGAAAUGCCUUGCCGAGGAAGACGGACGGCAGCGAAUGCUGCCUUAUCCAAAACACAAAAAGAGAAGGCUCAGGCACUCCCGACCCUCGAUGGUGCUAAGGUAGAUAAUUUGUUAACGGAGGUAGUCCAACCCAUUGGAUUCUGGCAAAUUGGCCUAGUCCUCUUGAACGCACUCUCCUGUCCCAAUACGGUUGUACUCCCGCAUCAGUACCCUGGGGGUGUGGUGGAGGAGUGGAACCUUGUCUGCAGCCAAGCCUGGGAGGCACCAUUCAACGAGAGUGCCUACAUGGUCGGCAUGUGUCUUGGCUUCGUCAUGGGUGGCUGGCUGAGUGAUCGCCUAGGGCGCAGGAUUGCCAUCCUGACGACCGGCCUAGCAGAACUUGUUCUCUGCGUCCUUGCCUGCCUCAGUCCACACCACAUGUUCUACGCUUCCGCCCGUUGUCUCAUCGGGGCUUGUUUAAGUGCACGUAUAGCUGUGACCACAGUCAUCGCAGCCGAAUUCACAACAGCUAAGUAUCGAUCAAUCCUCUUUGCCAUUGGUUUUGUCGUACAGCUGACUGUACAACGUUUGCUGAUAGCCAUACUGGGCUACUUCGUGGACAGGUGGCGUGUUCUCACUGGGUGUAUGUUCAUUCUCAACAGCGGUGUGUUCAUUAUUUAUUUUGUGCAACCAGAAUCGCCCAAGUGGUUGGCAGCCCGUGGAAGAACAGAGGCUACCGGCAGGUCACUGUACGCCGGAUACCGGACAAACCUGCGUUUUGCGAACCUCUUCUCCAAAAAGGCAAAUAGACGGACUUAUAUGAGCGAACUGGAAUUUAUGGCAUUGAUCGGUCCGCCGUGCCUGCUGACGAUAUCUGAGACCGAGGAGGAGGAGAAUGAGGAGAAGGACGAAAUUGGAAAUGGUGUGCCACUGGGCGAUUCAGAAUUGGCUACACAUGCGACCAAACGACACCGUUCUCCUUGCUGCAGGUUCUUGCAUUGGGAUUUGGUCUGGACAACAUUCCUCGCAAUUGUUCUUCUCACCUGUCAUACCAUCAGCUUCUACGGCAUAAUCUUCUACUCAACACACAUCCGUUUCCACGUUUCUCUCGUCGUAGCCAUUAAUGCUUUGGCCAAUUUGCCAGGUUGCUUCCUCUCCGCCACUCUCUACAGACUGUUUCGCUUCCGCAAGAAACCCCUCCUGGGACUGAUCCUCACGGCAGCCACCCUCCAGUCGGUCGCAGCACUGCAUACGCUCAUCCUCCAGCCGGAGAAUGAUAUCCUGCUGAAUGUCUUUGGCAACAUAAUCAUCCUGGUUCAAACCGCGGGGUUCAUGAUGCUGUUUGUGUAUUUGCCCGAACUCUAUCCACCGCUCCAGCGAAACCGUGGUUUUGGGAUCUCGGCAGGGGUUUCUCGCCUCGGGGCUCUCACCUUCCCCUUCAUA